GAAUAUUGCGCGGUAUUCGCAUAAGAGCGCGGACAACUUUUGUAACUGCUCGCAAACAGCUGAUUGAGCGCGAAAGACGGAAAGUACUGAUGGAGUUUUGCUUCGAUUAGGCUAUUUAAUGUGCGCAGUUAGCCAUUUAUUGUUCAGCCGUAUUUUGUUUAUUAUUUUCCGAAAUGAGCGAUAAAACCAAGGAAGACCUAAAGCGCAGUGCCCCGGAGGAGGAGGAUGAACCUCAGGAGGAAGCAGUGUCAUCCGAAAAAGAGGCGGAAGGCGAGGAGGACGCCUGGAUUGGACCCAUGCCGUCAGAGCAGAGCGCUCCUGUGCCCGCCAAGAAAAAGAAGGUCCUGCCCUAUGAACACAUCUACCUGGAAAACCUUCCCAAUGCUGAGAGCUAUGAGAGGAGCUACAUGCACCGCGAUGUAAUCACCCAUUUGGUGUGCACGAAGACGGAUUUCGUGGUGACCGCCAGUCUGGAUGGACACAUCAAAUUCUGGAAGAAGGGCGAGCUGGGCAUCGAGUUCGUCAAGCACUUCCGCAGCCACCUCGUCCCCAUCAAAUCACUGACCACCAAUGACAGCGGCACGCUGCUGUGCUCGGCGGCCACGGAUCAGACAGCCAAGGUCUUCGAUGUAGUCAACUUCGACAUGAUCAAUAUCAUUCGAUUGGGCUAUACGCCGCAGUGCAGCGAGUGGAUAAAUGGGCCGGGAGAUGCCGUACAAGCACUGGCCAUCUCGGAUUCAGAGAGCAGCCGCAUACACAUCUACGACGGGCAAGGAGGCGGAGAAGCCCUUCACACCUUGGAGAAACUUCACUCGGCACCCGUGGUGGCAAUGUGCUUCAAUGUGGCAAUGGAGACCGUCAUUUCUGUCGAUCGCAAUGGUAUUCUGGAAUACUGGCAAAACUCCAAGUACGACUACAAGUUUCCACAGCGCCUGGUGAAUUUUGACUCCAAGCUAGACACAAGCCUCUUUGAGUUUGCAAAACAGAAGACCCAAGUCACGGGCUUAGCUGCCACGCCGGAUGGAAAGCGUUUUGCCGCCAUUUCCACAGAUCGCAAGGUCCGCGUCUUUCAGUUCAACACGGGCAAGUUGAUCCGGGUAUUCGAUGAAGCUCUAUCUACAUACACCCAAAUGCAGCAAACGAAGCACGCACUGCCCAACAUGGAGUUUGGCAGAAGAAUGGCGGCUGAGCGGGAUCUGGAGAAGACUGCCCAGAAUACAACCCUUAAUAUUUUAUUUGACAGCACUGGCAACUUCUUGCUCUACCCAACGAUGCUGGGCAUCAAGGUGAUCAAUGUGGUCACGAAUCGCUGCGUCACAAUUCUAGGAAAAACCGACAACAUACGGCCCCUCCAGGUGGCCUUGUUUCAAGGAAGAAUUAAGCGCCAAAAAGCUGCUAUAACAAUGGAGCAGGAGGCCAGUGAAAACCCAGCACUCCAGAAUAUCCUCAACGAUCCGACAGCCUUUUGCACUGCCUACAAGAAAAGCCGCUUCUACUUGUACAGCCGAAGGCUGCCCUCGGAUCUGCAGGAUGUCGACCGUGAUAUUUUCAACGAGAAGCCCUCGAAGGAGGACAUUAUCGCCGUGCCGGAAGCCUCAGACGAAGUCGUGCAACGCAUCUACGAGAACGUGGUGCUCCACACCACGAAAGGCGAUAUCCACAUGAGGCUGUUCUUCAAGGAGGUUCCAAAGACGGUUGAGAACUUCUGUGUUCAUGCGAAAAAUGGUUACUACAAUGGCCACAUAUUCCAUCGCGUGAUCAAGGGCUUCAUGGUGCAGACUGGCGAUCCCACGGGAACGGGCACGGGCGGCAAGUCCAUUUGGGGUAGCGAUUUCAAAGACGAGUUCGUGCCGAGCCUGAAACACGAUCGGCCCUACACGGUCAGCAUGGCUAACGCGGGUCCGAACACGAAUGGCAGCCAGUUCUUUAUCACAGUCCUACCCACGCCUUGGCUCGACAACAAGCACACGGUGUUCGGAAGAGUUUAUCGCGGCAUGGAAGUGGUUCUCAACAUUUGCAAUUCCAAGGCGAACCCCAAGACGGACAAGCCCUACGACGACAUUAAAAUUAUUUCAAUACACUUAAGUAAUUGAGCACAGGGCUUUAAUAAAACUUUCAGCGACACUUGUUUUCAAAUCUUUGGAGCACCGCAAAUGCGCGGCAAAGAA